GCUCCUGGCAUCUGCUACCAGCACAGCACAGAUCGUGCCCCAGGGAACGUUAUUGAGGCUUAGGUAAUGCGCUACUAAGAACUAGCUGGUGAUUGGUGGCUACAUGCAUAUGUCUUGCAAUUGGCUGAACAGAUGUGUUCAAUUAAAAUGCUGCUGUGGUCUGUUUAAGUGAGGACUGAAAAUGCUGCAGCUUCCAGCAGGGGAUUUAGACAAUCUACGUUUUGUAAAUAAUGGUGGCUUUGGAAACAUAUACAGAGGCAGGAGCAGAACUCUCAAAAUGGACGUUGCCUUCAAGACAAUUAAUGGAGCCGCGUGUUCAAAUCUUAAAAUGUGGUUGAAAAAACUAAAAAGGGAAGGAGACACGAUGCUUAAAGCGAACCAUACUUAUGUCCUUCGUAUCCUUGGGAUGUACGAGAAUGAGGAGGAAAACCCUUCAAAGUGUGGUCUAAUUCUGGAAUACAUGCCCUGUGGUUCUGUACGCUCUCUGUUUGACAAACUACGAUGUAUUGUGCCAUGGGCGUUAAGAUUUCAGAUUCUUCACCAAGUCUGCCUUGGUAUGAAUUAUCUUCACAACCUAAAUCCACCGAUAAUUCAUAGAGACCUAAAGCCAUCUAACGUUCUUCUAAACAGGCACCUAGAUGUUCAGAUUACUGACUUUGGGUUGUCCAAGAUUAUUGGCGCAUCGUCUUCUACAAAACCCAAAUCUUUUGUUGGAACCUUGCCAUACAUGCCGCCUGAAGCCUUCGGUGACCUCAAUUAUAAGCCAACGGAAGCCUUUGAUAUAUAUAGCUAUGGUAUCUUAAUCUGGACAGUUUUCUCGGGUGAAGAGCCAUACAAUGGAGCACUCCCAACACUGAUUCAACGCAAAGUACCUGAGGGUCAAAGACCAUCUGAAGAAGUCCUGGAUAAGCUAAGCAAUGUACCAAUGGUGCGUAAUGCCAAGCAACUAAUGAUACAAUGCUGGCAUGAAAACCCUAACAGAAGGCCUAGCUUUGCAAAAUGUAGUGACAUAACAACAGAAAUGUUUGAAGUGUAUAAGAGUGGAAUAGAUAAUGCAGUUCGAUCAGUUCAAGAUAAACUGAAGACCGAUUCUUCUGGUUAUGAGUCAGAAGACAGUGAAGAAUGCACCAGUUCUUCAUUGAGCACACUGAAUAAAAGUUACUUUGAAUUUAGUGGAGAUGAUGAAGAGUCAAUACAGUCAAAUCUAGUUGCCAAAAGCAAAGAAAAGUUACAGCUAAAAGAAGCUAAAACUUCAGAAGAUGAGGAGGAAGAAGAUGAUGAUGAUCAACCACCAGGGUUCCUGUUUGAUAAGAUCUCAAUGGCUAUAAAGGAACAUGAUGAAGACACUAUAAAAAAUGUGACUUUUAAUGACAUUGCAACUCAAAUAGAUAGAAUGACCAGGGAUUCCAACAAUAUGGAAGAAGCAAUGAAGAGGGCAGUUUAUACAUUGGGGAAUAUUGGCAGAGAAGUUAUUGAUGAUACUCCCCUUGCAGAUGUAAUCAAAUUUCUUCAAAAGUAAUUUUCAUGAAUAUUAACUUUUCAAAGAAUCUGGGAUUAUUCUUUGUAGCAAUCAAUGAUGAAUAAUAAACAACUCUAAAGAAUGA